GCCAAAAUCAAAUUCAAGUCAAGUGUUUAUUUAUAAAAACAUUUCCAGCAUUUCUAACCUCAAGUUAAGUCGUGGGUUCAAAUUAUUUGCACGCUGAACAAGUUUUUAACUUAGAUAUUUCUCAGAAAUGGUGCGAACAGGUGAUAGAUGUGUUACAUUUGGGGGUAGUAGAAGUUCUGCUAAAAAAGGCGGAGGAAAAUCUAGUGCUGCUAGUGGCAGUUCAACACCGAAAUCUAAGGGAUCUUCUAGCAGGGCGAAUUCUAGCAUUGGUGGCAAUCCAGUUUGUCCUAGAGAAACUCCAGAAUGGCAAAAACCAAUUACUAGCUUCUUUCUAAAAAAAGAUCCUGCAGAAUCUUCAAGUGGAAUAAGUGAAAAAGGAUCCCGAGAAACACUGAAUAGUUCAGAAUGUAAUAUGUCGUGCAGCAAUAAUAAAACUAAUGACGAUGCAGAUGACGCUCUGGCUGAACAAACCCAAUCCAAAGUAUUAGAUUCUAAGAAAUUACCAGCAGAAAAAGACUUACAGGAAAUUACAUCUGAUAAUAUUAAUACGAAUAACACUUCAAAUGGAAUUGAAGAAAAACCAGGAACCAGUUCACUUACUAAUAAAACCACACUUGAGGAAAAUAAGUUAGAUCAUUCUGUAGGAAAUGGAAGUAAAUGUAUAACCCCUACUUCUGAGAAGAAACGUAAGUCAACCAUAAAUAUUUUAACGCCUAAAAGAAUACAAAGCCAUUCUUGAACUGCAAACGUUGUGAUUAAUUUCAGUAUUGAGGGUUCAGGCUUGACAUAUGUCCCAAUAUAAUAAAUUUCCUAUGAUCUAUUAUCGUUUAAGAAUUAUAUUUUUGUCUAUAUGCAAAGUUUGUACUACCUCAUGUUCUAUUUCGGACUAAUUCAAGAUGAAUUUUUGAAAACUGUUAUUGUAUUCCUAUUGAAAACUGUGUAAUAUUAUUAUAUAAAUUCCUUAUAAUGUGAUUUUUGUGUAUUGAAGUAGAGUAUGAUGUGGUACCAAUAAAAAAAGCCUGAAUAUUAGGUGUUCCAUUAUUUAAUCGUUAACUAGUGUUAUUUUUCUAUGUUAUACCAAGUUAUAUCGAAAGAAAUAAAUGUUACAACAUCUUGAA